GUGGCGUGGUUUACAACACAGUCGAGUACGCAUGCGUCGAAUGUUAAAUAAAAAAUAGCGUUUUAUUGAAAAAAACAGUGUAUACUUGAUUGAAUAAAAAAACAGUAAAGUAAUAGCAUGUAUGAAAUGCGAAUUACUUGCGUAAUUCGUCGAUGAGUGAACGUUAUUAUGGAUAUUUUAAUUCGAUUAAAUAAUGAAACUGUCGGUAGAGACAAAAUAAUAAGAUUAUUUCAGUAUGGAAGUCGAGCUGGAUGGUACUAUACGCAAGAUUCUGUUGUUCAUACUACUUCAAAUGAUAUUUUGAAGAGUUUGGAGUACACAUUUAGCUCAUUUCGAAAAUUGUUAAGACUUGGAAGAUGUCUAGACAGCCUUUAUUCCGCCCUUCAUACGAUGAAGUACCCCGAUUUAACAAUCCGUUUGACAUUGACCCUAUCGAAAAUAACUCACGCAUUAUUUUUACUUGCUGAUCACAUCAUAUGGACCGGAAGAGUUGGAUUAUUUAAAGUAAAUCUUGAGAAAUGGAACACAAUUGCCAAUAAAUAUUGGCUAUUGACAAUAAUAAUGAAUUUAACAAGAGAUAUAUAUGAAAUAGUACAGAUAAUAAAAAACAAAAAUUUAUCAAGUUUACUAAAAACUCGUUUACAAUCGAAAAAUUUUCAUCAAAAUAAAUAUCGAGCAUUCACUGAUAUGACAUCUCAUAAAGAUGUAUUUUUAGAUACUCUAAAAAAUACUUGUGAUUUUUUUAUUCCAUUAACUACACUGGGAUACACUAAAUUAAGUCCUGGAAUGGUUGGAGUACUAGGAUUUAUUUCAUCUGCAAUAGGAAUUUAUUGUUUAAUAGAUCCUCUUGCAAAAUUAACUCCAGCCUGAUAAAGAAUUCAACAUGUUGUUUAUUAAAUUUUUGUUUCAAUUAUUUUUUAACGUCAAUACAAAAGAUAAUAAAUACUAACUAAUCUAGCAUUUAAUUGUAUAUAAAAGUUUGAUAAAUUUGUAAAAAUAUAAAAUAUAUU